AUGGGCGAUGGCGCGGAUGCACUGGAGCCAAUUGCGAUUAUUGGCAUGGCUUGCCGCUUCCCAGGGAGCGUUUCUACCCCAGAGAGCUUCUGGGAACUUCUGAACAAUGCUAGGAAGGGUCACGGAGACGUCCCUGAAGAUCGUUUCAAUGCUGAAGCAUGGCGAAAUCCCAGUCACGAGAGGAAGGGAGCUAUCCAGCCUGGCAGCGGUUUCUUCCUCGACGAGGAUCCGGCAGUGCUGGAUGCUCCAUUCUUCUCUAUUACUGCAAAGGAGGCUGCCGGCAUGGACCCAAUGCAAAGGAAGUUGCUGGAAGUAGCCUACGAAGGGUUCGAAAACGCCGGCAUUCCGAUGGAGAAAUUGGCUGGUACCGACACAUCAGUUUACAUCGGCGUCAUGACAAAUGACUAUGAACUGGUUUCCCAAACCGACAUCUACAACCUCCCGCAGAAUGCUGCUUCCGGAACUAGCCGGGCUAUGCUGGCAAACCGCAUAUCAUGGUUCUUUGAUCUGCACGGCGCCAGUCUGGCGUUGGACACAGCUUGUUCAUCCAGUCUAUACGCUUUCCAUCUGGCUUGCCAAUCUCUCCGCACGGGAGAGUCAAGACAGGCGUUGGUCGGCGGCGCGAACAUGAUUCUCCACCCAAACUUCAUUUCUCAGCUGUCUUCAAUGCACAUGCUGAGCCCUGACGGUAUCAGCCACUCCUUCGAUGCCCGGGCUAACGGCUAUGCUCGAGGCGAAGCCAUCACCACCGUCGUCGUUAAACGCCUCGAGGAUGCUCUUGCCGACGGCGACACUAUUCGAGCUGUCGUUAGGGGCACCGGCGUCAACCAGGACGGCCACACACCUGGGAUCACGAUGCCCAGCAGCGACGCGCAGGCCGCGCUGAUCCGGUCCACGUAUGCUGCCGCAGGGCUCUCGUACGACGACACGGGCUACUUUGAGGCCCAUGGCACAGGAACACCGCUUGGGGACCCUCUAGAGCUAGGCGCCGUCGGAGCCGUCUUCGGCCCCUUGCGAAGAGGCACGCGGACUCCUCUAUAUGUGGGCAGCGUCAAGACCAACAUUGGCCACACCGAAGGCAGUGCGGGCCUAGCUGGCGUCGUCAAGGCAGUUCUAGCCGUGGAAAAGGGGUAUAUACCCGCCAACGCCGGUUUCGAGACAUUGAACCCGAAGCUCCGACUCGAUGAAUGGGGUCUCGCCUUGCCACUCGAGACGAUGCCGUGGCCAGUCCCGGGUCUCCGCCGGGCGAGCGUCAACUCGUUUGGUUUCGGGGGCGCCAAUGCCCAUGUCAUCUUAGACGACGCUCACCACUACCUGGAAUCGCGGCAGCUGGUUGGUAGCCAUCAGACGGCCGUCUUUGUCGACGGAGGCACAUCCACAUCAUCCGAGAGUGGAGACAGUGGAAUCAGUGACAUGCGCAACCACCGGGACGGAAGUAAACGGCUCGGAAGCAUUGGCGGACGCCCCAAGGUCCUCGCUCUCUCGGCGCACGACCAGGCCGGAAUCAAGAGGCUCUCGAGUACGUACGCUCAGUUCGCGGCGGAGUCUCAGCACCGGGAAGGCAGCUUCGUCCACGACAUGGCCUAUACUCUGGCAGCCAGACGGACGAGACAUCCGUUUCGUAGCUUCGCAAUCGCGUCGACAGUCAACGACCUCGCGAGUGGCGUUACGGCGGCGCCGACGACGCUGAAGCGCUCGACGAAGAAUGGGACGCUGGCUUUUGUGUUCAGUGGGCAGGGUGCGCAAUGGGCCACCAUGGGGAGGGAAUUGCUUGGUGUUCCUGCGUUCAAGGAGAGCGUUCUCCGGUCACAAGGGUGUCUUGACGCACUCGGCUGCAAGUGGAACGCGAUCGAGCUGCUCUGUGGCGAGGAUGGCUCCAGAUUAGACAUCCCCGAGUUCUGCCAGCCCAUCUGCACCGUGUUGCAGGUGGCCCUGGUCGACUUACUUGGUCAUUGGGGUUUGACGGCGAAAGGAACUGUUGGGCACUCUAGUGGUGAGAUUGCGGCUGCUUACGCUGCAGGGGGAAUCUCCCACGCCAGCGCCAUCAAAAUUGCCUACUUUCGCGGCCUCUACGUCGAGGAAAUCCAGCGCCGUCUCGACGGUCGCCGGGGUACCAUGCUAGCUGCGGGCUUGACCGCCGACGAGGCCCAGUCAGUCGUAGAAGAGUUCUCUACCACUGACCAGAUCGCGACGGUGGCCUGCAUCAACAGUCCCUCGAGCGUAACGAUCUCGGGCGACGAAGACGCUAUCGACAACCUCGAGGUCGUGCUUCAACAACGGGGCAAGUUUGCGAGGAAGCUUCGCGUGAAGAUGGCGUACCACUCGGCACACAUGGAGGUCAUUGCGGACGACUUCCUGGCAUCCAUGGGCGAGCUGGAGAUGAAGGACCAGUUCACAGCGCCAAUGUUCUCUUCGGUUACGGAGGAGGUCUUGGCGAGCCCGUCGCAGCUGAGCGCGGCGUACUGGGUCAAGAACAUGGUCUCACCCGUGCUCUUCAAGGGUGCCGUGGAGGUAUUGCUCACUCACUCCGCUCCCGUGGAGGGGGCCAGCACCACACGAAGACACAGGAAGGUCCCGGUGCGAUGGACCGGUUUCAUUGAGAUCGGUCCGGCGGGAACGCUUCAAGGACCUCUGGACCAGAUUAUGAAGGCCGUCAAUUCGAAGCUCUCCUCUGAGCUCAUUUACAUCUCCAUGCUGAAAAGGAAGAAGAACGCCAUGUCCACCUCGCUCGAGGCUGCGGGUCUGCUGUGGGCCACGGGUCAUGCCGUCGAUCUGCUGAAGGUCAACGAGGACCCCGAGCACCGAGAUGUCAGGUCCUUGGCUAACUUGCCUCCUUACCCUUGGCAACACAGCAAACGCUUCUGGCACGAGACGCCUGAAAGCAUCGCGGUCAGAAAGCAGAAGAGGCCUAGGAAAGAUCUCCUAGGCAUCGAAGUGCCUAACCAGAACCCCUUUGAGCCUAGGUGGCGAACUCCCUUGCGCCUGGAGGAGCAGCCGUGGAUGGGAAGCCAUGUCAUUACCGGCACCAUUUUGUACCCGGCUGCCGGCAUGCUGAUCAUGGUGCUCGAAGCCGCGCUGGAGAUUGCCGAGAUUGACUCGAGAAAAAAAAGGAAGAAGAUUAGGGGCGUCGAGUUGGGGCAGGUCAGCUUCGAGAGAGGCUUGGUGGUCCCUAAUGAUGAUGCCGUCGAGACUCACUUGAGCAUGCGACCAGACGAAGUGUUCCCUGACAAGUAUCACUGGGCCAUCUUUUCCAUCCCGCCCGGCGGCACGUGGCAGAAACACUCUUCUGGUACUGCCGCCACUGUUUACGAGGACACUGUUUCAACGAUCGAGGACUGGCAAGCCGGAGCGGAGAGCUUUGAGGACAUGAAGAAGCGUGCAUCCAAGAAGCUUGACGUCUCAGCCUUCUACGACCAGCUCAAGUCCAUUGGCAUGGACUACGGGCCACUAUUCACGAACGUCGUUGACGCCGCCGUACUGCCCGGUGAGCACACAGGUCUUGCGACCGUUUCCAUCCCGGACACCAAGUCUACGAUGCCUCAGGGCAUCGAAUUCCCGCAUCACAUCCACCCGGCGACACUCGACGCAAUCUUCCACCUCCUCUUCAUCGCGCUCUUUGAAGGGAAUCCCAUGGACGAGGCAUCCAUUCCCGUCACGGUUGAAACCAUCUUCAUCGCGACGGACCAGCCUUCGGGUGCGGGAUCAAAGUACGUCGGGUUCUCAAAGGCGAGGAAGAUCAGCCCCAGAGAGGCGUGCGGCGACAUCGUCGUCUCGGACGGGAGCUGGUCCGGGCCCAAGAUCGUCAUGCAGAACAUGGUCGUCCGUCAGGUGUCGUCCUCUGACGACAAGUCUCAGAGCUUCUCGUCGCCAUUCUCUCCAGCGCCAAAGAGAGUUGGUCGACUUGAGUGGAAGGAAGACAUCGAUGCGCUUGCUGGCAAGACGGCAUCACAGCUCCUACGUCAAAAUCACGACCGCUUUACUAGUCUAGCCAGACCAGACUUGGCUGCGUACUUGGAGCUUCUUACUUACAAAGAGGCCGACUUGCGGCUUCUUGUCCUUCAUGCCGAAGAGAACCAGGAACUGCAGUCUCUGGCAACCAUCUUCGCACCGCAAGAGGAGCGAGGUCUUCGCGCCGCCGAGAUCAAGUUCGCUGCGCCGUCUCAGGAACUUGCAAGCCAAUUGCUUUCCCGGCUUGCAGCAAUGCAAUAUCCACUGCCCAAUGGGUCCCAGAUUGUGUCUGUACCAUCACCUGAAGCCCUGAGUACCAAUUCAUCCGAUCAACUAGUUGAAGAGCUGGGCAUGUUUGACAUUGUUCUCGGAGACAGUCAUGAGUUGCUCAAGGGCGGUGGAAACUUCGGGAUGUCUCACAUCAAGUCUCUUCUGCAUCCCGGCGGUCGUAUCGCACUACUGGGAGACAAGGCGUCUGUCGCCAAUCGUCUGAGCAGCGCCGGCUUCGCCCAGGUUGACAUCGAGUUUGAUAACGCAGUUGUUUGGUCGACACAAGCUCAAAAGAAGCUGGAUCUUUCCGAGAUCAACCUUAUCGUCCGGCCCUCGCCGUCGACAGCCGCACUGGAGGCCCAAAAGGCCUUGACACGGAAAUUGGAGAGUUCAGGUGUCGCGGUCGAGACCUGCCACCUUUCCGAGGCAGCCACCUCGGGAUCCGAGGUCUUCAUCUCUCUUCUCGAGUUCGAUGAGCCUUGGACAAUCAACCUCACUGCUGAAGAGCUGGACCAGUUCCGAUCCUUGGUUUUCGGCGCCAAAUACCUCCUGUGGCUCACGAACGGCGGCAUCGCCGACAGGAGUGAGGCAUCGCUGGCCUUCUCGCCCACCACAGGCCUGUUGCGCACUAUUCGAACCGAGAUACCACAGAUCGUGCUCCCACAUCUGGAUCUCUCGACGACUUCGAAACUUGGCCCUGAAGAACAAGCCGACUUGGCAAUGGAGGUGUUAAGCCUCAGCAGGAAGGACUUGUAUAAGGGAAAGAACAACGAGAUGGAAUUCCUGGAGUCCGGAGGCAUGCUUCUGAUCCCCCGGGCCGUGGCAGACUUGCCCUCUGACCAUGAUUUGGGGUUGCGCUCUGGUCAGCCGAAGUCGGUUCCGGGGGCAUUAUCGGCGACUGGUGAGGCUGGUGACCUGAUUCCCCUGAAGCUCGACGUCGGUGGGUCCGGUGUCUGGAUCGCGGACACAACCCAGAACGAACCUCUCGAUGACGAGGAGAUCGAAAUCCAGACCAGCCACAUAUGCAUCAACGGCUCGGAGCUCACCCGAUCAUCAGGUCAGUUUGCUACCAAAAUGGCGACGGAGGCUCUUGGACGUGUAGUCCGCUUUGGUGCCGAGGUGCCGAACCUCAAAGUUGGUGACGAGGUCGUCGUCCUGGUUGAUGAAAGUGCCUUCAAGACACAUAUCAGACAGCACUUCAGCUUGGUCCAAAAGGCCCCGCAAGAUGUCAAGCCUGAGUUUGCCGCUUCCCUCCCAUCGAGCUUCAUGACGGCCUACCAUGCCAUCGUCGAAGUUGGUCGUCUGGUAGCGGGCGAGACUGUUUUGGUCCACGCCGUGCAUAGUGCUGUUGGACUCGCGGCCCUGCAAAUUGCCACACAGCUGGGUGCGGCAGCGGUGUUUAUUACGGCCAACGACGACAAGACAGCAUCAGACUUAGUCGCCGAGCACGGCGUACCCGAGAGGUAUAUCAUCCGCGCAGAGGACGGUGACGCCGUCUCCCAGACCGCCAUGAAGCUUACUUUCGGGCACGGCGUCGACAUCGUUAUCAGCGCCGCGUCCGGCACAUCGUUGCACUCCGCUACGAAGACGAUCGCUUCUUGGGGCCGAUUCGUACGCAUCGGUACCGAGAGGGCUCGUCCGCAGGACAUUAGCGCCGCGGUAUUCGAGCGCAACUCCUCCGUCUCGUCCGUCGACGUCAGACAGCUCCCUCGAGAGAGGCGUGCGCGGCUGCUCGCCAUGGCGUUCGGGUUCUUGCGCUCCGGACUCGUGAAAGAGCAGUCGCUUGUCACCAGUGUGCGUGAUGUUCGAGACCUGGGCGAUAUCUUAUCCUCGACUACGGUCGAUCAGGGCAACAUCGUCGUCGAGCUCGGGGAGAAAGCCGUGGUGCCGGUGCUACCGCAACCGCCGGCUCCGCCCCAGCUGGAUGUCGACGCGACUUAUCUCAUCUCCGGCGGCCUAGGUGCUCUAGGUCUAACUAUUGCCAAGAACAUGGCUCUUCAUGGUGCUCGGCACUUGGUCCUUCUAUCGCGAUCUGGCGUCGUGAACGGUAGGCAGGAAGACGCCCUUCGGGACAUUCGCGAUCUCGGCUGCGAGGUCGACACUCCCAAGUGCGAUGUCACGGUACGCUCAGAAGUGGAAGAUGUGAUACGAACAUGUGCAGCGAGCGGGCGAAGGCUUCGAGGCGUGAUCCAAUGUGCCAUGGUCCUCCAGGAUUCCAUCUUGCAGAAUAUGACCAUCGACAAGUGGAACACCGCGACGCGUCCCAAGAUUGUGGGGACAUGGAAUCUCCACUCGGCGGUGCCCACAGACCUCGACUUCUUCAUCCUUCUGUCCUCCAUGUCGGGCAUUAUCGGGAAUAGCGGGCAGGCUAACUACUGCGCGGGUAACGCGUACGAGGACGCCGUCGCGCUCCACCGCCGGUCCCUGGGGCUGGCGGCGACGACGCUGAACGUUGGGCUCGUAACGGAUGCGAGUCACUUCAAUGCGACGUCCACGGCCGACGAUUACCUCAAGAAGUACGGCCACUGGGAGUCGGCGAGGGUAACGGACGACGAGAUGCAGGCCGUCAUUGAAGCUGUCCUCCGCCAGGGUACUCAGGACACCCCACCGCAGCUCCUCGUCGGCAUUACCGACGACGUGAAGCGGGACGGUCGCGCCACGUGGCCUCAAGACCGCAAAUUCGAGCACCGAAUCGCGCGGUCCGGGGCUUCUGCAGCCGGUGCAGGCCCUGCCGGCGCGAACGCGGCGAAGCUCGGCGACGAGUUAGCACGGGCCAAGACGUUGAGAGAGGCUGUUACGGUGGUUCUCAACGUCAUCAAAGCGAACCUCGCGGCGGCCAUGACGGCCAGUCCCAAUGAUAUUGACGAGGAGAGGCCGCUGUACAGCUUUGGUGUUGACUCUCUCAAGGCCGUUGAGGUGCGGAACUGGAUCUUCAAAGAGCUGCGUUGUGAUGUCUCCGUCUUUGACAUUUUGAGCCCGAGCCCGCUAGCUAAGUUGGGGCCGAGGAUCGUAGCUAGGAGCGCGCUAACGCCACCCGAAAUUGCAAGCCAGGCGUUGGCGGAAGCAUGA